CCCCUCACAAAGAUGGCGGCCGCCGGCGUCGGAGGAGGUCCGCCCGCUACAAAGAUAGCGACCCCGGCGGGAGGGACCGGAAGUGCAGUCUGGCGGUAGCGCCGGUCUGCGGUAGGCGUGAGAACGCGCGGGACGGCGCGGGUCCGGGCAUGAAGCUGGGCCGGGCCGCACUGGGCCUGGUGCUGCUGGCGCCGUUGGCGGUGCGGGCGGUGGAGCCCAUCAGCCUGACACUGGCCCUGGCCGGCGUCCUCACCGGCUACAUCUCCUACCCGCGCCUCUACUGCCUGUUCGCCGAGUGCUGCAGCCAGAAGCAGAGCCUCAGCCGGGACGCGCUGCAGAAGGAUCUGGACAGCAAGCUCUUUGGACAGCAUCUUGCAAAGAAAGUCAUCUUAAAUGCUGUGUCUGGCUUCAUAAGCAACCCGAAGCCCAAGAAACCUCUAACCCUCUCCCUACACGGGUGGACGGGCACCGGCAAAAAUUUUGUCAGCAAGAUCAUCGCAGAGAAUAUUUACGAGGGUGGUCUGAACAGUGACUACGUCCACCUGUUUGUGGCCACACUGCACUUCCCUCACAUCUCCGACAUCACCCUGUAUAAGGAUCAGUUACAGUCGUGGAUUCGCGGCAACGUGAGUGCCUGUGCGAGGUCCGUCUUCAUAUUUGAUGAGAUGGACAAGAUGCAUGCUGGCCUCAUAGAUGCCAUCAAGCCUUACCUAGACUAUUAUGACAACUUGGAUGGGGUCUCCUAUCAGAAAGCCAUCUUCAUAUUUCUCAGCAAUGCUGGAGCAGAAAGGAUCACAGACGUGGCUUUAGAUUUCUGGAGAAGUGGAAAGCAGAGGGAAGAGAUCAAGCUCAGAGAUAUGGAGCAUGCCUUGUCUGUGUCGGCCUUCAAUAACAAGAACAGUUAUUACAAGAUACUGAAUACGGUUCCCUGUGCUAUACAGUAGGUCCUCGUUGUUUAUUUUAUAUAUAGUAGUGUGUAUAUGUUAAUCCCAAACUCCUAACAUUCCCCUCCCUCCCCCUUCUUUCCCCUUUGGUAACCAUAAGUUUGUUUUCUAUGUCUGUGAAUCUAUUUCUGUUUUGUAAAUAAGUUCAUUUUGUAACGUUUUUUUUAGGUUCCACACAUAUGUGAUAUCAUUUGGCAUUUGUCUUUCUCUGUUUGACUUACUUCACUUAGUAUGAUCAUCUCUAGGUCCAACCACGUUGCUGCAAAUGGCAUUAUUCCAUUCUUUUUUAUGGCUGAGUAGUAUUCCAUUGUGUGUGUGUGUGUGUAUACCACAUCUUCUUUAUCCAUUCUUCUGUCAAUGAGCAUUUAGAUCGCUUCCAUCUCUGCCUGAACUCUUGCUAAGAAUGGUCAGACCUCAGCUUGAAGCCCACCCAACCUAUCGAAAGUAGCCCUUCUUCCUCCCACCCGGUCACCUACUCUGUUGUCACCCUGUUUGUUUCCCUGUCUAUUGUCCAUCUCUUCUGCCGGCCUGAGAGCUUCAGGAGGACCGGGGCCUUGUCUACUGUGUUCAGUAUCUCUAAUUCCUAGAACUGUGCCACAUACACCGCAGGCACUCCAUAAAUAUGCAUUUAAUGUUCAAGUGUAGAACAUUCUCAGGAGGGUGGGCUUUGAUCUGGGGGCCAGCGAUGCUGCUAUGGACUGUAUGUUCUCACAGAAAGGCCUGGGAAUCUCUGAGGCAAGAUGUUGACGUUUGCAACUGCUUUCGACUUGCCAGUUUUGUCAGGACUCAGCCCUAUCCUGGUGCUGGUGGUGGAAGGGGUCUUGGCCUCAGCUUCUCAGGGUCCUGGAGCUCUUCCCCUCGGUGGGCGUGGUCCCGAGGGGAGUCGGGUGACACUUGCUCCUCUGUUUUGUCACUGCGGGCUCUGGGGCUCCCCUCUCCUGGAAGAUGGAGAUCGGGGAAGGAGGUGCCUCCUGCAGCGUCCUUCAUGUGGGUUCAGUAAUCAAGUCCUGAGCUUCUGCGGCCUGUCUCCCCCUCUCUGUUACCAACUGUUUUGGUAACAGUUGAGGUAACAGUUUUGGUAACAGAUGAGGUUCUUUGCUUCCAAACAAUAGACUGACACUGACUGGCUUGGGCUUCUUAGAAGAACCCAGGGUGGCCCGUGGAAAUGUAAAAAACGCUGAGUGACCCCGACUUGGGAGAGAGGAUCCCAGAGGUGGGGUGUGGAGGCCUCGGUGGCAGAAGCUCUGGGGCCCUGUUGCUCCGGCACUGCCCUCAGAGAGAGAAGCUGAUGGGCCCAACCUGGGUCUGGUAUCUUGACCUUGUAUCAACCAGCCAUGGGCAAGGGUGUUGUGCCUGGGUAACCCCCCCCAGUUUGCGCUGUUGUACAUACUCAAAUGACAUUUUGUUUCCUUGAAAAUGUGACUGUUUCCUGAUUUGUCAUUUGGUCACUUAUCUUAAAGUUGGCCACUGGAAUUUAUGGAGGGUGGGAAGAUGACCACAAGAGUAGAGGUCCUCAAAACCACUCACAAAGAGCUCUCUGGACAACCCAAACAUAUCUGAGCCCCAGGAAUGGAUAUAAAUGGGCCCCCGCAAGUGCCCCCAACUACAUAAUGAUCCUGACAUU